UCGGAAGGUACGGUACUGGGCGGGGCCGUCUGUGAAGGUGUGACAGUGGGGUUUUGGGUGGUGGAUGCUGGAGUACCGCCUCCACCUCCACUUCCACCUCCAAUGCAGGCGAACGACAUGGAAGAAACAGGUGUCCCCUUGUCCUUCGGCCCGCUCAAGUCCCAUUCCGUGCUCACAUACGGCCAACAAACGCCCUUUCCUGCAAUCCUUUGCAUGUCACCAGAGACAAAGACAUCUUUAGCAGAGAUUGCCUCUCCUACCUUCUUGCCCUGUGAAUCUACCUGCUGAAAGAAGGUUCCCGUGAAUGUCCCCGUGCAGCUCAAUGGCACGGGCUGACAAUGUGGGUUAGAAAGCUCCUCCCAGGUGACGAUCGCGUUGGAGCCAUCCAGCGCAGCUACUCGGACAUUCUGGUGGUCCGUCGUUUCGGACUUUGUGAUCCAAGUUACUUGGUCAUCCCCGCUAGCCGCUCCGACAUUGGAGAUGGCUUCUGGGCCUUGAAGGGUAGACUUGUCCUUGGUCAUCGAAAUGGCUACGUUAUGGUUAAGCCAGCGCGGAGAGGAGGCCGUGUAACCAGCGCCCAUCCAGUCGUCCUGUGUCAAUCUGACCGCGCCGCGGGAUUGCCAGGCAAAGAUAUAUGUCGAGGAUCCGGGAAAUAAAGCGAGGCAGCUAUAAGAGCCAGACAUACCGCCCACUGUGUAACACCAUGUGUUGGAAGCAAGGCACAAAAUAGGCGCGGCAGAGAUACUUACUUGGUUCUCCGCUGACACCGUUGGUGGCGUUCUCGUUCGCGAUUUUAACACCGGACAUGUACUGAGUUUUCGUGUUCAACCAGAUGGCACUUUUUGGAAAUCAGCGUCUGUGAUAACAUGCGCCCUGGAAUGCAAUUACCCGUGAUCCUCGGCGCAGACACUGGCGAACGGCGGAGCGUCUGCCUCCUCUAGGGCUAUUCCCGUGUUGUGCGAGCACCCAAAUGUGCUUGAAGCGCCAUUGAUGACUUUAAGCUCGCCGGCAUCGGUGACAUAUUGAAUGGAAUCGCCGAAAUGCCCCUUUGCGUCCCCGGUGUAUGCUACGGUGCUUCUCUUAGCCCAAGGACCCGGAGUAUUUGCGGGAAACU